UGUAACGAGGAGAUACAUCCAAUGUCUUCCACCUUGAUGUCCCUUUAUUAACAAUGAAUUUCAACACGGACGGAUUUUGGCUUCAUCGAGUGGUCUCGAUUCCUAUAGCCAAGCUCUUGCAGUUCCAAUGGAUCAAAGAGUAAGACGUGAAUUUAUCAGGGAUAGAAAUUGAAUGUGAAAAUGAGAAGCUGUUAAUAGAAGUAUUGGUCUAUUUUUUUUUCUGGUACAAUAAGCAAAUUGGCAACGCUUGUAUUGUUUUUGUUAAUGCUAUUAUGACAUUUUACGAGGGCUUAAUUCUAGCAGAAGUGUAUAAAAAUUUUUAGUUUUACUUUACUAUCUUGACCAGCAUAGUUUGAACUUUUUUGGACCCCCAUUACUGUAGUGCUCUAGGUUUACAAGGAACUGCUCUGUUGAUGUAAAGUAGGUAGAUGCAGUAAACGAAAGGUGAUAGCUGGCUUCAUAAGCUCGUAGGUAAGAAAAGUGCGUAAUACUGAUCCCCCUCCCCCUCCCCUUGAAUACAAAUAACUUCCAUGUUACGAGCAUCUGACAGUAGACUAUUUCAAAAACUCAAAAACUGCCCCAAAUCCAAAUGCAAAGUACAAUCAAGGAGACUCGGUCGACAUUUCUUGUAUCACACAUUUUACUCAUAGGUUUGAGCUAGAAAUUUACUCAAAGUCCAUGGUCGAGUUAGCAACACUACGUACGUACAUUGCGUUCGACUGUUGGAGCUUAUCAUUAUGACCCCUUGUUGGUCAAUAUACUUUCAGCAGUUUGCGAAAUGAUGGGAGGGGGACAACACAAUCUGCUAUAUGUUGUAGCAUUUGUGAAAAUUGAUUGUUUCGUAUGAUAACAACUUUCAUUCAGCUAAAAUUGACUAUCUAAAUUUUAUAAACUAACAAUAAAUUCAUGUGGAUAAAUUCUAAAUUACUGUACAUCUCUGACUGUUGGGAAAAAAUCAUAUCGGCGAUAUUAAUUUUUUAUCGAAUACAAUGUGUGUACUUUAUUUGCAUGUUAUUACCCCUCACAAUCAGACGUUGAACGAGUGACAUUGGUUUUUUGUACGGAAAUGAUACCAUUAUUUAUAGUUUUAUCUUCUGAUAAAUCUGCUGGCUAGCUUUCAGAAUUACUUGGAGCAUAUUCUGAUCAAAAUUGAGGCUUUUCUUCGAUUUAUGUAAUACUUACAUAAUCAAAGCACGAUCAACGUCAGUAAGUUAUCCACAUAGUCUGUAGAGUUAAUAAUACCUAAUCUAAUUAGGCAUAGUGCAUGAAAUGGGUUUCUCUUGCGUAUAACUUUGUCGCACUAUGACUUGCAUAAAUGAAUGACUCAAAGAAUACUAGGUGUGGAAGUGUAUUCUUUUUUUUUUUUACCUUCUCUUCAGAACACGUACAAAGCAAUGUGAAUUUGUAAAAAGGGGAUAGGGUUUUGAAAAAAAAAAAACUUUCUCUGUAAAAAUACUAUGGAUAUACAAUGUACCAUAUGUUAUUACCAUAUAUAUUAUUUGAGUAUAUAUAUAAAACGGUAAUGUUUUUUUGGACUUAUUUUUAUGUUUUUUUUUUCUUCUAAUAUUACGUAAUAAAUGCAUGACCCAGAGGAUCAUGGAAAACUACAAGUUUUAUUUCUUUUUAUCAUUUUAUCAAUUAUUUUCGAGCGUUCGAUGGCUGUAAAAUAGAUGCAUGUGCUUGUAAUUGUACCUUAUAUUAUAGCGAUCUUCAUAUAUCAUGUCGUAUAAGAUGUGGAACGGUUGCAUGUUGUUUUUGGACUUUUUAGAUUUUAGAAACCGCGUUAUUGUAUGAUACCGGUUAACUAUGUGAUAUCGAUUACCUUGGUACUUUCUAUAUUUACUCAGCAAAAAAAAUUUCCUCAAUUUUUCUUAUGGUUCAAUUAGAUUUCCUCAUCUUAUUACACUUGCAGACUUGCCAUUUACUUUACAGUCGAGUAGGAUAAUUCAUAUCAUAUUAAAUUUCUAUUGCCUGGCCUUUUAUUUCGAAGUACCUAUCGGAAUCAUUACUCUUAUUGUUAUCAUCGUUGAGAUAUAAGUUAUGGUAAGCUGGUGAGCGCAAAUGACCCUUUGGUAAAAUAUGAAAUAAAUCAGAAUUUAGCUAUGGCUCAUCAUACAUCUGAAUAUGAAACUGUACUUGGUGUUUACCUAUUUUGAGAAAAUGAAAUCCAUGGCUCAGUAGAAGCUCAUGUUCAAGAUGAUGACUGCAUGUUAGAGAGAGUGGCAAAAUUUUUUAUCUUGUUUUUUCUUGCAUAUUAAACAACCUACGUUGCAUUUUCAUAUUUCCGAGCAAUUGUGUAAGGAUUACGGUGUUUAAUUAAAAUGUUAAAUGGAUGAACCCUCGAGCACCCACCAAUGAGGCAUAUCAACCAACACCGGUAGAACAUAUUGCUAAUGUUAUCACCCAUGGAAUGUGGGUAAUGCCUUCGCUUUUGGCUGGCCUUACUCUCAUCCAACGUUCUUCAACGUGGAUGCAGCUCAUUUCUGCUUUAGUUUAUGGAACAUCUCUACUUCUCGUCUUCACUGUAUCAACGUUUUUUCAUAGCGUACAUUACUGCAAUCAUAACAGACAGCUCAAAGAUACGCUGCACCGUUGCGAUCGUGCAAUGAUAUACGUUUUUAUAGCAGCCACAUAUUUUCCAUGGCUGACAUUGAAAGACUUUUCCGACAACGCGCUGUUACUGGCUAUGCGUUAUAUGGUCUGGAUUAUGGCAAUGCUUGGCAUUUUGUACCAACAAGUUUUUCAUGAGCGUUAUAAAAUGCUCGAGACCAUCUUUUAUCUGUUUAUGGGCAUUGGCCCUAGUAUUGCUAUCAUCAAUAUAACUGAGAUCAGCGGUAUCAGAGAGCUUAAACUUGGAGGAUUGAUUUACGUGAUAGGCGUGGUAUUUUUCAAGUCAGACGGACGCAUACCAUGUGCACAUGCGAUAUGGCACCUGUUUGUGGCUACAGCAGCCGCGUUUCACUAUUUUGCAAUUUUGAACUAUCUUUACCCAAGUAUGGAUAAAUUAGAAUUGGAGAACCCUACGGCACCGCCACAUCCAAACAUUCUCGAAUCUCACUUAGAGCUAAGACUCCACGUACAGGGAUGAUUAUGAAUCUGACUUUAAUCAACAUUCAACUUUAAAGCUAACCAUACUAUUUUCGAAGAAUGUUACGUGAUACAAAAUUUUAAUAUUGCCAAAUUAAAUUAGACUUUGUCUAUCCAAAUGUUUCCUAAAAAAAUUAGAUUAUGAUAUUCAAAGUUGUUCUUUACUUAUUAAUUACAUCAAAUGUACAAAUUCGCUUAUUGAUAAUGUAGCUAGAUUGAUCAAAUGUAAAUGCUAAGCAUAUCGUUUAUAUUUUAAAUAGAUGAAAAUUUAAGAAUAUAGUCAAAGUCAGUUCCCUAGCAUCAAUUCUAUGAACUGCUCAAAAGACCUCUAUUCUUUUGACGCUGCUUCAUGUCAAAAGUAUUCUGUGAAAGGAUUGUAGACCAAAUUGUAGAUAUUGAAUAAGUUAGUAUAUAUUUAAUGAAUUUUCAUAGAAACUAAACAUUAGACUCACUGCAAGAGAGUCUUAAUCAGUGCUUCGUCAGCACAAUAACAUGCGUGUUCUGAAACUUUCACUAAAUCGCAGGUGAAACAUAAAAGCAUGAUUGAUUGCUCAGUCACAAGUAAUAUGUGGAUAAAAUUACAUAAAGAGCAUAAUAUAUAUGCUGAGAUUGCAGAGAAUACGCAUGGUGUAUAAAUACAGCUUUAUUAGAAUGGCCCUCUGAAAAUGAUAUUAAUUUAAUUGUCAGUGCAAUUUUUUGCUUAUGAGGCAUAAGUAGAAUUACUACUCUUUCAUUUUCUGAAUAUGAUUCUCGGAUGAUUGACGUUAGGAUAAAAAUUAUCACAGGCCAGCUGGCCGAAAUGUAGUUCUAUAUUUUCAAAGACUGGAUUCAAAAUACGAUUUCUUUUAUUUUAGUGUUUUCGUGGAAAAGCGAAUUAACGAAUUAUUAUUAGGUUUGUUUAUUUAUAUAUUGUGUUCUUCAUUGUCACAUCUCCUUGGGCUUUGAAACAUUCGAUUGGUUACUCGAAUAAUAAAUAAUUAUUACAUAUCCAUUCCUGAAAUAUGCGCUUUCUCACGAAUAUCAUAAAGAAAUAAAUAAACUAUAGUAGAUUAUUGUUUAGCGUGUUGAAAUAACAAAUGAAUUUAUUCAAUUGGGACAGCGUUCGCUCAAAUUAAUUCCGUACAUAAUGUACAGCAUUGUGCUAUAUCAUAUGUAAAUCACCCUUACUUAGGUACUGUAAAUGAAAAAGGAGACAAAAAGUAGGAACAUAUUGAUCAAGUUAUGAGAAUAUGAAAAUGUGCCAGACAAGAAUUUAAAAAAUUGCAUAGUACGUUCCUCACUACAUUUCAAUAAUCAGGGUGUAAAGUAUCUUAUAACAAGUUCAGCAUUAGUAAUAGUUCAUUCAGCGACUCUUACGUGCAUACCCGAUUAUUAUUAGCUCCGAAGGUUGUAGAAAAAGCUAGGAAUAAUAAUCCAUCCAGACAAUGUAUUGAUUUUCUGGUUAUUCCAUUCCAGGGUAGACCCUGGUCAAUAUACCGAGUCAUUAAUUCGUAAUGACAAAAGUCGUUGAUCCAGUUAAUUCAAUAAUAUUACACCAGUAAUCUGAAAACUGGACUUAAACUCACACGGAUAAAUGAUGUAUUCUCGCGAUGAGUAGUAGUGCAAACUGAACCGAAAUAUACAUUAGAAUAUUUACUCAUCUAGUAUUCAAUAAAAGAUGAAACAAAUUUCCCAACUAAAGAUAAAUCACAUCUAUGUAUUAUCACAUAAAAAAAAUAUAACAACAAAUUUGUGCAAGUUACAGGGAUAAUAAAUAAUCACAUAAUUGAGUUAUUCUUAAAAUAUUAUUUUCUAGUUUUAUGACAUAGAUAUUCAAGCCAUAUAGGCCUUUUCAUCAUAAGACGAGCGCAAGCGCAGCCGCAAUGUUAAAACGACGGUAAUUCAAAAAAUUCGUACUGUUUUAAUCAACAAUGCCUGGGCAAGGACCAAUCUCUCCACAAACUGAUACAUUAUUGAAAAAAACCAUCGAUGAUGCUUUAGUUAUUUAUGAGUCGGUUGAAGCUCAUAAUUGUGAACAAUUGAAAAGGUGCCUAAAAUGUCAUGGUUUUCCGCAAAAAAGGAAAAAAUUAGGCUGAUUGAGAGAUUAGUCAUUGCCAUUUGUUUACCAUCUAAAAACAUAGAAAAAUAAAAAUUGUCUUCUCAAUAAUGUCAA